AUGAAUCAGUUGCGAGCAGGCGAUGACGGGACAAUAAAAAUCCCUUAUCGCAUCUUUGUUGGCGGUAUAGCUUUCAAUACCACUAAAGAAGAACUGAAAGACUUUUUCAGCAAUUAUGGAGCAGUGAGGGACACGAAAAUCAUAAAAGACUGCGACGGAUUGAGUAAAGGGUACGGUUUUGUUACUUUUUAUCGAGAAGAAGAUGCGCAGAAAGUUAUGAACAUGGGAACAAUCUUCUUCAAAGAGAAACGUCUUAAUAUCUCUGAGGCAUUCAGGAAACCGCAGCUCGUGAAUCAACAAGCAGCGAUGGAUUUGGUAACUGUACCCAUGGCUGCCCCUACCACUUGGACCUCUCCCUCAUCAGCUGCCCCUGUGUAUUACACAGCCAUGAAUCAGCAGGUACCGCAGAUGCCGCAGUUACAGCUUUCUUCUUCGAGGACUUGGCCUGUGGUCCAGGGAAUCACUUUGCCCCAACAGCAAGCUGCUGAAAUAGUUUGGAUACCACAAAUAGUGGAGACUUCGCAAGCUCCAGUACCUGAGAAUACUGAUGACAAUCUAAUGCGGGAUCACUUAGAACCAAUGAUGCAACAAGAAAUAUAUGACAUCGGGAAGUUUUCGACGACGUCUGAGAAAUUUGGUUCUUCUGAAAAUAAGCUGCCAGUUGGUCAGAAGAAAGACAGGGGUGCUUUUGUUUACAAGCUUUUCAUAAACUGGCAUAAGCCUCAAGAAAAGGCAAAAAGACAUGAGCAAAUGAAGUACCAUCACGAUGCAAUGAUCGCUACCGAAUCCUUUGUUAAUUCGGAUGAAAACCCAGAGCUAAACGUGAACAACUGA